CACAUCGCGCCUCCGCCAAUCCAGGAGGAGCUUUAUAGCGGAGUCGAAGCGACCUCACUCCCCGACCCACAGCCGGGGGAAGCCAGUCAGCAUUGGCCCUGCGGCGGCCAAUCGCGGCGCGUCUUGCAAGCAGCCAAUCGGCGGGGCGGUGUCUCUUGUUGUCGCUCUCCCCGUCCGUGAGGCGGCUGCGCUGCGGGCGUCGGGUGCCGGCCGCCGCCGUAGGAGGAGGGACCCGGCAGGCCCCAGGCCGCGGUGUCCGGCCGCCCGACCGCUCGCUUCUCGCUGCCCCCACCGACCCCGCAGCCCCUGCGGAGGGCGGGGAGAUGCAGCCCCCGGGCCCGCAGCCGCCGCCGCCCCUUUAUGCGCCCGGCAACGGGGACUUCACCUUCGUCUCCUCGGCAGACGCUGAAGAUCUUAGUGGCUCCAUAACAACUCCAGAUGUUAAGCUAAAUCUUGGAGGAGAAUUCAUCAAAGAAUCUACUGCAACUACAUUCCUAAGACAGAGAGGGUAUGGCUGGCUUCUGGAAGUGGAAGAUGAUGACCCAGAAGAUAACAAGCCCCUCCUGGAAGAGCUCGACAUUGAUCUAAAGGAUAUUUACUACAAAAUUCGAUGUGUGUUGAUGCCUAUGCCAUCUCUUGGGUUCAAUAGGCAGGUAGUGAGAGACAAUCCAGACUUUUGGGGUCCUCUGGCAGUUGUCCUCUUCUUCUCAAUGAUCUCAUUAUAUGGACAAUUUAAGGUGGUUUCUUGGAUUAUAACGAUUUGGAUAUUUGGAUCCUUGACAAUUUUUUUACUGGCCAGGGUUCUUGGAGGAGAAGUUGCUUAUGGCCAAGUUCUUGGUGUGAUAGGAUAUUCCCUGCUUCCCCUUAUUGUCAUAGCACCUGUACUUUUGGUGGUUGGAUCAUUUGAAGUUGUUUCUACCCUAAUAAAAUUUAUUUUUAGUUACUGCAGCAUGAAUAUGACGUUAGUCAUUGUUCUGAGACCUUCCCAUACUGGAAGCAGUACAAAGCUCUCAGUACCCUUUGCAGGGAAGUUGUUUGGAGUCUUUUGGGCUGCAUACAGUGCUGCAUCAUUAUUAGUCGGAGAAGAAUUCAAGACCAAGAAACCCCUUCUAAUUUAUCCAAUCUUUUUAUUAUACAUUUAUUUUCUGUCCUUGUACACUGGGGUGUGAUCUAGUGCAAGAUGUGGCCAGCAACCAUAUUUUAUUCACUUGCAGACCGAUAAUGCAUAAGGCUGGAGAUAAUACAAGUGACUGUUUUGUAUCCAGUUGUCAAGAUGUUUUAAGAUCAAAGAGUGUAUUUGUGUAUAUUAUUUAAUGAAGCAAUUGUAGCUAUAUAGAUUUGUAUCAAAGUUCUAGGUUUGUUUAAGACUCUUCAGAUUUUAAUGAACAAAGUAAGAACCUUGUGUUUUAUAAGAAAGUGUAGCAAAACCACAACUUGAUACCUGUGCCAAAAGCACUAGGACCAGAUUACUAUGUUUGAGGAGAAAAAUGAGAAGUUAACUGUAACAAUCUCAAAGUGCAAUUUUUCUUUUGAGCUUAAACACAGCUGGCUUUUUUGGCACAGCAAAUUCUGUAGAUAAUAUAUAUUUAUGAAACAGUCCUGAUUGUUCACAGAAUAGUCUGUAUAAUCAAGACAUGAAGAUACUACUUUUAAUUUAGUGCCUCAAUUACUUUGAUUUGGCUAUUGAGUUUUUAUAAAUUCCAAUUUGUUUUCAAAACAUGUAUAUACUGUGUAUUUUGUAUCUAUGGCUUGUGUGUAGCGUAAAUACUCCUUGGUUAAGGAUGUAUAUUGGGUUUUUAAAAACUGAAGAUGCAAGUAUUUGAAGUCUUCAUUAACUAUCUCUGACCAAAGGAGCAAGAUAUUUACUGCGUGACAUUAUUAAUUAAAUUGCAUAUUUAGAGAAUCAAAUUAUUUUACUUAAAAGUAUAAAUUUACAGAGAAACAGGUAAACACCUUUCUCAACUGUAGUGUUGGCUUAAUGUUGGAGAAAAAAGAUGAUCUAUCAAAUUUGUGUGAUCUUUAAACAAUGUUAUUUUAUGAUGACAAAAUAAAAGUAAUGCUUCCCUAACUAUGUUUUACAACAUCUUGCUCUGUCUUGCUUUUAAUAGCAUGGUAUUUAACACGCAUCCAUUUUUUCUUUCCCAGUACUUGUAAUCCCAUAUGCAGAGAAAUAAAAAGAUUUGUAAGGCCAGAUUCUCCCUCCGCUAACAUGAGGCAGAAUGACAGCCUUAGUAACGAUUACAGUCUUGCUAAUUUUGACUGUCCAAGGAUUAUGUAAUAACGUGAUGACAUGUUAAAUAUUUCCUGUGUACCGUGUUGAUUGCUUAUGCAAUGGUCCUUAUGGUAAUGUUUCCUCGCAAGACAAGUCCACCGAAGUUCACUUUGCGUGGUACUAACUUCGGCAUUUGCAAUCUUCAGUAUUUAGUAUCGCCAAAUAGAUCUUAAGUUUCUGAUUUUAUUUUUUUUUUCUAGCAGAAAAAAAGCAUUCCCCCUGUCUUCUUCCUUUUUUCUUUUUUUUUAAUGCUGCAAAGAAAAAUCAGUCACGACAAGGUAAUAGCAAGGGCUGUCUUUGAUCCCUAAUGGACAUAUUUCCUUAUCAAAACUGUAGUUUUCCACCUUUUUUAGAUGGCAUAUCUUGCCAUUCUGAUAACUUAUUUUUGUCACUCAUUAUUGAUGCAAUGCCACACUCUGCCACAAACCUUUAGCUUAUUCUGCUUUUUCUGGAUGAUGCUUGUGUUGGUAUUAAACAGAACUACUUAAAGUUGGUGCUGGACAUAAAUUGUAAUGUAAUACUCUAGCUGCUUUAUAUUAACGGAGGAAAAACUGGAUUGACUUUUCACCUAAUUUUUGACUUCUACAGAAAUUCUGGUGGAAUUACUGAUGUCGUAUGAAACCAGUUACACCAGAAGCUUAGUACUUAUCUGCAGGUGUUUUAUGAACAUUCAUACUAAAUACAUCAAUAAAUAAUACAUUUUAAAAAAAAAGAAGUUACAGUGCAUUUAAAAAAAAAGAAAAAGCAUGUUAGCUUUGGAAUCUUGCAUGAUAAUCUGGUCCUGCCUCUUUUUUUCUCAUGACCUAUAUUUCUUUUUUUAGCAGGAAUAUCCAACUAGUAUUAGAAGGCUCAACCCAGACCCUGUGAAUACAUGUUUAACUAACGUUGCCACAAACAUGCAGGGCAAGGACACAUUUAGGUUACCAGGCUGUCAGAGAGCUUUCAACUUAGUUCCUCUUUGCAUAGCUGUUCAUUAGGUGUCCAUAACAGAUCCUGUGCAUCUGAAAUGACUAUGACUAAUCAAAGGAUGCAAGAAUGUUCUGUUUAAUCUCCAGAUCUCUUAAUUUCCUCUAUACUCGUGUUCUGUGAAAUUUAUAGUUGCGAUUUUAACUGUUCCUUUCCACAGACUUGGCACAUGUGUAAUAUGCAAUGUAGAUAAGCACUUAACAUAGUACAGAUUUUGUACACAAUUGCAGAUUUGCACCUUUUAAUCUUAGUAUCUCUAGGGUCACCUUUUGCAUAUGCUGUGCAAGAAAUAUGUACAAACAGCUCUCAAAUGGUUCUGAUAGUUUGUAAUAACUUUGCAUUAAACAAACUCAUAUUUUUAGAUGAGGUAUGUGUGUAAAUACAAGAUGUAUUUUAUAAAAAUUUUGAAUUAAACUUGUUUACAGAAUGUAUGAAGCUCAUUUAUAUUUACUGAAUUGACAUCUAUAUCCUUAUACAUCUCAAUCUCAAGUUUUGAGGCUAUAAAUAAAUUUUUGUGACAAUACACUAAUUCUGUCAAAACUGGAAACUUAAGAGCACAUCCAUCUAGCAAAAAGAUGCAACGUCUCAUUUCAAGGUAGAGACAGGGGUAUCGUACCUUAACAAUGAGACAAGCUCUUUGGAGGAUGUUCAGUAUAGAGCAGCUAGACACGUACACCUGUGUCUUUCUCCCUCUUCUACCCAUCAGACACACUCUGUUGUUUAUCAGAAAAAUCAUACCUACUUGAAAAGUGUAUGAAAUCAAUUUCUUUGGUGUGGAGACAACAUACACCUUGAGAUAACUGCUUUAAGUUUUGUCACUACCCUUAUUAGCUUUUAAUGUUUCACUCUCAGGACAAUCUGGAUUAUCCUGGAUGGCACACCUACCCAUGUGGUUUUGGAUUUGUUUUUCUUUACAGAGACACAAUUUCUUAAAUAAUUUCCCUGCUACAGCAACCUAUGCUAAUUUGGGUCCUAAUAAAAAUAUUCUAUAGGAAACCA